GACCGCCGCUCUCCAUCACAGCACACCUACACCGGCCACAUGCACCCCGACAGGCGUCCCCCGCUCCGUGUGCAAGUGUAGCAGCGGGACGGCUGGUUUUGCGCACGGUGCGGACCCCGUCUGAUGGACACCUCGGUGCCUUCGCCAGCUCGCUGCGUGCGCCGUGGUCCUCCUCUCCAGCUGGACCGGUGGUAGCAGGAGGCUGCGCGAGCGCUCGGUCGGAACUGGAGGACAGCAUCAUGAAGUGGACCGUCCUCUUCCUCCUCCUCGUAUGCCCGCUGUCCCUCGCCGAGAUCCACGCUCCGAGUGAGUUUGUGUCCUUGGCGGAGAUGGAGGACGCCCUCAUGAGGAACCUUUUCCAAGGGUACCAGCGCUGGGUCAGGCCCAUCCAGCACGCCAACGACACCGUCCGGGUGCGCUUUGGACUGAAGAUCUCCCAGCUGGUGGAUGUGGAUGAGAAGAACCAGCUCAUGACAACUAACGUUUGGCUGUGGCAGGAGUGGAUCGAUUACAAGCUGCGAUGGAAUCCAGAUAAAUAUGGAGGGAUCACUUCCAUCAGAGUCCCAUCUGAAAUUAUCUGGCUCCCAGACAUCGUCCUCUAUGAGAAUGCUGACGGUCGGUUCGAGGGCUCCCUGAUGACCAAAGCCAUCGUCAAGUUUAACGGCGUGAUCACCUGGACGCCACCUGCCAGCUACAAAUCCGCCUGCACCAUGGACGUCACCUUCUUUCCCUUUGACCGCCAGAACUGCACCAUGAAGUUCGGCUCCUGGACGUACGACGGCCACAUGGUGGACCUGGUCCUGAUCGACAACCAGGUCGAUCGACGGGACUUCUUCGACAAUGGGGAGUGGGAGAUCCUAAGUGCCACUGGGGCCAGGGGCACCAGGAAGGACGACAUGUACACGUACCCCUUCCUCACGUAUUCCUUCAUCCUGAAGAGGCUGCCGUUGUUCUACACGCUCUUCCUCAUUUUCCCUUGUUUGGGUUUGUCCUUCCUGACCGUCCUGGUGUUCUACCUGCCCUCGGAUGAAGGAGAGAAGCUGUCGCUCUCCACCUCUGUGCUUGUGUCGCUCACCGUCUUCCUCCUGGUCAUAGAAGAGAUCAUUCCCUCCUCCUCCAAGGUGAUCCCGCUCAUCGGCGAGUACCUGCUGUUCAUCAUGAUCUUCGUCACGCUCUCCAUCAUCGUCACCGUCUUCGUCAUCAACGUCCAUCACCGCUCCUCGGCCACCUACCACCCGAUGUCGCCGUGGGUCCGUAAUCUCUUCCUUCAGAAGCUGCCGAGAUUCCUCUGCAUGCGGGGCCACACCGACCUUUACCACUACCCGGAGUUGGCUCCCGAAAGCCCUGAGAUGAAGCCCCGCUCUGGAGGUCGGAAAGGAGGCCAGAGGGCCAACAGCGGAGCCCGCGGACAGACUGCGUCCGAAGGGAAGGAGGACGAGGCCUGGGCGACCAUGUUGGACAAGGCUGUCUACUCAGUGCGCUACAUCAGCAGACACAUCCGCAAGGAGCACUUCAUCCGAGAGGUGGUACAAGACUGGAAGUUUGUGGCCCAGGUGUUAGACAGGAUCUUCCUGUGGGCGUUUCUUACCGUCUCCAUACUGGGCACCGUUCUCAUCUUCACUCCAGCUCUCUACAGUUUUUUCAAAAUCCCUCCUCCGAUUGCAAGUGAGAAUCCGCCUUCAAACUAGACAAUAACCCAACUUCCACAGGCGAAUAGUGAUCGACCCUGAAGAAUCUCUGAAACAUGAAUGAAUGAGAAGAGGCCACUUCAGACUUGGAUUCGGACUUGGACUUUGGAUUCACUGUUUAACAUUCUCUCUAUGUCAUUGAGUAAUUUAAUGUAUGUUUCAUGCACAUCAUUUCAAAUUAUUAGGAUGGUAUCUUAUCUUAAGAAAUAAGCAAGUCAAUCUCAAUAGCAGGUUAAUGUCAAAUUUAGUGCUUUUCAAAGUCAUAGAUUUCGAAAUUCAGCACAUUUGGAUUUGAUGGUUCAUGAUGGAUUUAAGUAGCAUGCAGCUAUUAAUGCGUUAUAUUACACGAUGGUUAUUUCAGAUGUCACUUUCUUAAUAUAUGUACAGCAAAGAUGGCUUCCUCUCUGUAUCUCUAUUCCUUUAUCACUUUAACAAUAUUUUCAUUUCAUACACUAGAUGCAUUCUGUACUUUAUUUGUAUUAGUAUACAAGAAAAAUACAUUACUUAUUAUUUCAACCCUUGUACUGCCUUAAAACCCCAUUACAUAUGUAACAACCUGUUAUAUGUUUGCAGACUUUUUAAAUCCAUUAGCAUAUGUUUCUGAAAUAAUUUGUGAUGUUGCAUCUGAACAGUUUGGUCUUUUUUUGCUGUGUUUUUCACCCCUCUCAAUCACAACAUAUGCCAUACCCUGGUCACUGCAGUAACUGGAAAUAUUUAAUUGAUUAAUGAAUAAAUUAAGAACAAAUGGACAUUUCACCUUGAAAUGGCACACUCUA